AUGGAUCGGUCUGGGUUGCAGCCUCAAGAGUUUGGUUUCUCUGUGGCUCUUAAGGCUUGUACGACUAUGCAUGAUUUUAUGAUGGGUGAGCUAUUGCAGGGAGACGUGAAAAAUGCCCAAAAGUUUUUUGAGGGAAUCCUGUUAUGCAGAAGUUCCGAACCAUUGUGGAAUAAAUUGCUAGACGGUUAUGCACAAACCUGUGAUGUGGAGGAAGCUUUCAGCAUUUUAAAGGUAGGAUUUGAAGGUGAUACUUUUGUGUGUGGAGCCCUAGUUGACACCUAUGGAAAAUUCGGAUUACUAGCAGAUGCAUGUAACUUAUUCUGGAAUUUAGCGGAGAGGGAUAAUGUGGCAUGGUGUGCUUUACUGGCUGGAUUUCUUCAAAAUGGGGAGGCCAAACUAGGCCUGAACCUUUUCCUUGAAUUUCUUUCUAAUGGAACUAAACCAGACCCAUUUAGUUUUGCCAUUGUAUUUAGUUUGUGUUCAAAGUCAGACAUCGAGGGCAUUGGACCCCAAGUGCACUGCAGUUUCAUCAAAUAUGGGUUUGCGUUGGAUUCAUUUCUGGGGAGUGCCCUUAUCGACAUUUAUGGAAACAGAGGAAUCAUUUGGGAUGCUUAUAUGUGUUUCACUGAGCUAUAUGCUGAAUGUGGAGUUGUUGAUGAAGCAAAAAUGGUAUUUAAAGUGAUGACAAUGCCAAAUGAGUUCUCAUGGACUACAGUCAUAUUAGGUUGCUGUCAACUGGGGCGCUUUUCGGAAGCUUUGAGGCUGUGCAGUAAUAUGUUUUUCGCUCCAGUGAUUGCCAAACUGAGCCAUUUUACUGUGGUACCUAUUCUGCAAGCUUGCAUGGGACUGAAAGAUCUUGAUGAAGGAAAACAAAUCCAUGGUUAUGUCAUGAAAGUAGGAUAUGAAUGUUAUCCAUUUGUUGGAACUGCACUGUUCAGUGUGUAUGCGGCAUUAAAAAAUGAAAUCCAAAAUGCUUCUCUAUCCAUGAGUCAGCAUGAUCUUGUUGCCUGGAGCACGAUGAUAACAUGGGUCCAAAAUGGUUGUGAUAAAGGAGCGCGGAAGACUUUUGCAGAAUUUCAGAGUGCUCCAAUUUUCCCAAUUGAUGACUCCAUUUUGUCUAGCUGUCUUUCAGCUUCUGUUGGCUUAGCGUCUCAAGAGUUGGGCAAGUGGUUCCAUGCCUGUAGCUUUAAAACUGGCAAGUGUGGUGGUAUAAAAGAUGCACUCAAGUUUUUUGAUGAAUUGAAUGCUAAAAAUGUGGUGUCUUGGACUGAUAUGAUUUCUGGAUAUGCCCAUCAUGUCCUUGGAAGAGAGGCUGUUGAGCUGUUUGAGGGGAUGAAAGAAGCUGGGUUGAAGCCAGAUGCUGUGACCUUUAUUGGGGUUCUAACCUCAUGUAGUCAUUCAGGGCUCUUGAACGAAGCCUUGAUGUGGGAUAAUAAGGUUGAGCUGAGAAACAAAAUGAAGGAAGAGUAUGUCAGCAAAAAACCUGGUUACAGCUGGGUACAAGGUAAAAUGGCUAGGAGUGCUGGACACCAUCUUGUUGAAGAGUGCUUACUUUUGCGGGCAGUCGUAGCUUAG